AUGGUGCUGCAUUCUGCCGGAUGUCUGAUGCAGACUAAAAAGUGGACAGCACCUGGGAGCUCCAUUAUGGCACCUCAAGUUCGCAGUUUGCGCAAAGCCAAUACUGAGCAAGUUGCCAUUGCUAUUGAUAUGGAUCCGGACCGUGGUGGUAGUUUAGAGGACGAAGAUGAUGAUAAAGCUCAUGGUUUCAAGUCCCUAACUACAUCAAGAAUUGUCCCAAGAUUUACAAGGCCUGUUUCAAACAUAAUUGAUGGGCUCUGGGUGUCUUGUGAUCGGGCACUUAUGCGACAGCCUGCCUUACGGCUUGGUCUCAUCAUCUAUUGGGCUAUGUUGCAUGCCCUUCUUGCAAUGUUCGUUGCUUGA